AUGACCUUCGCCAGACAGCGCGGGGCAUGUGAACACCAUCUCACAGGCAAGGCUGAACGCUCCACAUUUCAACGAUUUCUAGAAAUCAGACAACUUUCAUAUUCUGAUCGUCCAGUAUAUACAAAACUUCGCCAAAAGCUCAUCAUGGGUUCUGUUGUUCUUCCACAUCUCCGCACUGGUUGGCACGUCGAUCAGGCCAUUCUUGGGGAGGAGGAUCGCCUCGUUGUCAUUCGGUUUGGUCGUGAUGCAGACCCCGAUUGUAUGCGACAAGACGAAGUUCUCUACCGCAUCGCAGACCGAGUCAAGAACUUUGCUGUCGUGUAUGUCUGCGACUUGGACGAGGUCCCGGAUUUCAAGAGCAUGUACGAGUUAUAUGAUCCCAUGACCAUCAUGUUCUUCUUCAGAAACAAGCAUAUGAUGUGCGAUUUCGGAACUGGAAACAACAACAAGCUAAACUGGGUUCUGGAGGACAAGCAAGAGUUGAUCGACAUCAUCGAAACGAUCUACAGAGGAGCGAAGAAGGGUCGUGGUCUCGUUGUCAGUCCCAAGGACUACUCCACACGCUAUCGAUAUUAG